AUGCCCGCUCCAACACACGCGCCUACCCUCCCCCUCCACCGCAUCCGCUUCUUUGACCACACCCCUUCCCCCAUCACCGCCCUCGCCUUUGCGCCCCUCCCGCUCCCCCUCGCGCGCGAUCCCUCCACUGCCGCAACUGUCGCCAAGGGCAAGGCCCGUGAGGGCACCGAGCUCGGCGCUCUUGUUGUCGCUCGUGACAAUGGCGAGGUAGAGGUCUGGGAGUAUGUCUCGGCCGAGCAAGGUGGCAUGGGCAACUGGGUGCUCGAGAAGACCCUCCCGCCCACCCUCACCCACCCGACCAUCUCGGUCAUGUCGCUCGUGAUCCGUGACGUUGAAAACUUCCACACCAAGCCCUACAACGUUCCCCGUGUGUCCGACCUGCGCCUGUUCACUGCCGGCUCGGACAGCACCGAGCUCACCGAGCGCUGUCUCGAGACUGGCCGUGUCCUGCAGACCUACCCGAUCCCCUCGCCGCCCCUCUGGUCCAUGAGCGUGUCGCCGACGCAGGAGCUGCUCUGCCUGACCACCAACUCGCCUCACCUCCACUUUGUCUCCAUUACCCCUCCGUUUGGCCCCAACGUCGCUCCUCUCGAGGGUGCCCCGGCCCACCUGUUGCGUUCGGACGCGCUUCCCUCGCGCACCCGCACCGUGUCGGUCGCCUGGGGUGUGCCAAAGCUCGUUCAGGAGGAGACCGGCGAGUGGGCGUGGCGCGACACCUACCUCGUCACCGGUAACUCGGACUCGUCGUUCCGCCGCUGGGAGCUGCCCGCACCGUCGACGGCCGGUACCCCCCUGGGCCGUGUUACGCUCAAGGGCCGUGCCGUUGUGGAGAAGGUUGCCAAGGGCAAGAAGGGUGGCCACAAGGGCACUAUCGUGUGGGGUGUUGGCGUCUUGCCUGACGGCACAAUCGUCACCUCGGACUCUUUGGGAAGCGUGACGUUCUGGGACCCAUCAACGAUGGCCCAGAGGCAAUCGUUCCGCUCGCACAAGGCCGACGGCAUGUGCAUGGCCAUUGGCCCCGGUGGCAGGACAGUGUUCACGUCGGGCCCCGACCAGCGUGUCUGCCAGUUCACUGCUCUGCCGCAGGCCAACGGCCCCGCCCAGUGGGCUCUGACUGCCACCAAGCGUAUCCACACCCACGACGUUCGCGCCCUCGCCGUGUUCCCCACCUACGUCCCCGUCCCCGCCUCGCACCCGCUUUCGCCAGCACCGCUCAACCCCGGCCUGGCCCCGAUCCUCGCCUCGGGCGGUUGGGACAUGACCCCGGCGCUCACCCCGGCUGCUGCCCCCGAGCUUCUUGCUGAGAAGCUCCGUAACCCUCUCGGCAAGGACAAGCAGAACUCGCGCGUGGUGUUUGAGGAGGCCUACUCGCGCAAGCUGCCCAUGUGCGGCGGUGGUCGCGGCCAGGGCCGUCUCGCAGUGUCGCGCGGUGGCCGUCUCGUUGUUGGCCGCAAGGACCGCAGUGUCGGCAUCUGGCGUGUCCUCGAUGACGACCAGGGAUGGGAGAAGGUGCUCGAGAUGGACCUCAAGCUUCGCACCAACCUCAUUUCGUCGGCCGUCUCGCCGGAUGGCCAGUGGCUUGCCGUGUCGGACCUGUACGAGACCAAGCUGUUCCACCUCGCCACCAUGCCCUCGGGUGCACUCCGUCCCGUGCGUGUGCGCGACUUUGUUACCGACCUCGCCUCGUCCCCUGCCCUCGAGCACCUUGCCCUUGCCCAGCGCGGCUGCGGUGCCUCGUCGCUCCUCUUCACUCCCGACUCGGGCCGCCUCGUCCUCGCUCUGGCCGCUACCGCCAACGUUGUCGUUGCCGAGCUGCCCAACGAGGACCGCGGCGGUGUCGCCGUCGGCGGCAGGCGUAGGAGGCGCCGCGGCGGCAAGGCUGCCGAGGUUGACGAGGACGUCUCGAUGGGCGAGGACAGCGACAACUCGGACUCGGACUCGGACUCGGACGACGAGACCCCCUCCGGCCCAGCCCCCUGGGUCACCGGUAUGGCCGCGAGCGAGGAUGGACAGUGGCUUUCCACCUCGGACCUGGGUGGCAAGGUGACCAUCUUCAACCUCGACACUCUCCAGCUCCACGCCCUACUCCCUACUCUCCCCACUGCUCCCGUCGCAUUGGCAUUCACGCCCACGCACCCGCUUCUCCUGCUCGUGCACCCCAACAACAGCAUCCAGUUCUACCACCUCGAUGCUCGCCGCCUCGUCACCCCCACCCAGCAGGUGUCGGUGCUCAACUCGAGGCUCCGUGGCCUGCACGCCGCCGUCGAGGGUGCCGCCUUUGAGCCUACGCGCAGUGCGCCCAAGGCCUCCAAGCUCGUCCUCUUCGCGCACGACUGGCUCGCCACGGCCCGCCUGGACCUCGACCUCGUCGCCCGUGCCGCCGGUGCUCGCCGCGGCUCGACCGGCUCGGUCGCGUCCGCCGACGCCGCCGCCCCGGCCAUGUCGUCCAAGAGCCUGCGCAGGAAACGCGCCCGUGAGGCUCGCGAGCAGCUCGAGGUCUUUGCCGCAUCGUCUCCGGCGUCGUCGGACGGCCCCGCCUCGCCGACCGCCUCGCUUGCCCGCGCGGUCCUCACCCCCAGCUCGGCCAACGACCCCGAGUUUGUCAAGAUUGCCACGGACCGCUUCCGUGCUGUCGUCGCCGUCGACUGGCUCGCCGAGGGCGAGCUCAUGCUUGCCGAGAGGCCCUAUGCCGACUUUGUGGGCGAGCUCCCGCCCGCGUUCUGGACGGGUACUUAUGGACGUAGCUAG